UAUCGUAGUCCAUAAUAGGCAAAUGGAGAGCAUGGGAAAGAGGGGACGAGAACAAAACUAACCGAAGCUUUAAGAGGUUGUUUGCUUUCCGGAUCAGCUGAGCAUUCAUCAGAGAAUAGCAGCAGAUAAAUUAUGAAGCUUUCAGUUUUUGGUGCAACAGGACAAACCGGCCAGUUUUUGGUCCAACAAGCACUAGAGAAAGGGCAUGAAGUGACAGCACUCGUUCGAAAUGUUACCAAGUUGACUAUUCAGCACCAAAAUCUAAAGGUGGUGGAAGCAAACAUCUUUUCAGCAGAUCAGCUGUCACAGCAUUUCCUGGGACAAGAUGCCAUUAUUUCUUGCUUAGGGUUCCCUUACAGGGUAUUUGGAACGGUUUCGGGAUACACAGAUUCAAUGAAAGCAAUCACCGCCGGAGCACGACAAUCCAAAGUGAAACGUAUCAUAGUCAUGACAUCGUGGUAUACUGCUCCGGAGUCUGGUCAAAAUGCUUCUGCACUUGUGCGUUUUCUCCUCUUGCCACUGAUCAGGAGUGUGCUCACAAACAUGCAUGAGAUGGAAAAUUACCUAAAGGAGGAAUGCAGCGACCUCAGUUGGACUGUCGUGCGGCCGCCAGGCCUCCAGAAUGCUCCAGCCACAGAUAAAGAAUUCCUGACUCAUGAAGGCUAUUUUGUUCCUCAGCAAAGUGUUCCAGAUACAAAGUCGGUGGCAAGAGGAGAUGUAGCAUGCUUCAUGCUGUCUCUUAUCGACAAAGACGAGUGGCUACAGCGUGGGGUAGCAAUGUGUACAGUGUAAAAUCUUGGGUUGUUGGUAGCGUAAUCUAAGAUGAGAUUCCCAGGCUGGAUUUAGGAGGAGAGUAACCUACAUGCAUCCAUAAAAUGAAGAACAACAGCUACCUUGUGUUGUAAGGUUUCUUUGUUUUUUACACAAGAAAGCAGUUCUUACAUUGCAUGCUUCCUUCAGGCUACUAAAUUAAAUUGUUCAACAUUCUGGGGACAAGAUUAUGCAAUGUAACAAUACCUUCAUGUGCCUUCAGACCUAUCUGUGGCUGGAAGUGUUUUCUAAAAAUAAUUGUGAUUAAUCCAUUUGCACGUUCUUUUGUAUGAAGUAUCACAUGGACAAAAAAAUA